AUGACAGGCAGCGCACUGACGGCGACAGCGUCCGCCGGUCGCACGCACAGCCCACCCAGAACGAAGCUUCCAGCCCCCCCCGAGUUCACCGGCAACGCUAUACCACACUCCGGCGCAUCCCCGGAGCACGCGACCCACCUCUACGACCAGCAGCCGCAUGCCGGGCCCACACGCCGUCUACACCCGUCAACGGCAUACGGGUCCACGAACGAGCAACCCCGGCCGCCGAGCGGGACUGCUUUCUACUACCGUGGCAACGUGGGCCGGGCCGCCACGGCGAGCUUACCCCCUCCAGUGAAGCCCUCGGGUUAA